AUGCUUCUUCAAAUCGAAAAGAUACCCACCAAGUAUGCGCUCCAAGAGGCCAAGGGCGCUGCUUCGGCAUCCUCAAUACAACUCAAGUCUUCUGAAGGCCACCCUGAAGACUUCACAUUCACAUUCGAAAUCGUGAGAUCAAACGUCUUCCGCACAACCGUCACGUCAGAGACCCGUCCCAUACCCCCCUUCCCCAGUGCACAAAAGCCGAGCGCAGACCUGGCCCCGAAAGACGUCCAGGUCAAGACUUCAGAAAGCUCACAAUCCUUCACCACCUCCGCCGCCAAGGCCGUCGUCGAAUGGUCAAAUACCCCCAUUGUCUCCCUCUACCUCGGCCAAGAUGACUCUGGCAAGCCCAUCCACGCGGAUCUGCCCUUCCGCUCCUACGCGGCGGACGGGCCCGGCAUCGCCCACUACUCUGUCUACAGGAAGCACACGCUUCACGUCGGGCUCGGAGAGAAGGCAGCGCCCAUGGACCUCGCGGGCCGGGGCUUCAUCAUCUCCGCCAGCGACACCUUCGGGUACGACGCCUACCGUACGGAUCCGCUGUACAAGCAUAUCCCGCUGCUGAUCAACGUCACGCCCGAGGGCGCCGUUGGCAUCUUCUCAACGGCCCACUCCCGCUCGACGUGGUCCAUCGGAUCCGAGCUCGACGGCAUGUGGGGAGCCUACAAGGUGCACCGCCAGUCUCAUGGUGGUCUCGAGGAGUACAUCAUCGUCGGCAAGACCGUCGCCGAAGUCGUCCACUCAUACGCCGAGCUCGUCGGCUUUCCCUUGCGCGUGCCGCGGUACAUGAUGGGCUACAUCGGCGGCGGCAUGAAGUACAGCGCCAUGGACACACCCCGGGCCCACGACGCCAUCAUAGGAUGGAUCAAGAACUGCGAGAAGCACGAUAUCCCGUUCUCCGCGUUCCAGAUGAGCUCCGGGUAUACCGUUGCCGAGCAGGAACCCAAGACGCGCAACGUCUUUACGUGGAACUACCACCGCUUCCCCGACCCACGGGCCUUUACGCGUGAGGCGCACUCGCACGGUCUGCGUCUGUUGGCCAACGUCAAGCCGUACGUGCUUGCUACGCAUCCCGCGUACAAGAAGCUCUCUGAAGACGGUGCUUUCUUCAAGGAUCCGGCCACCGGAAAGACUGCUGUGACGAGACUUUGGAGUGCUGGUGGAGGUGAGAGCGGAGAGGGAAGUCACCUCGACUUCACGAGCAACGCCGGCUACCAGUGGUGGUACGAUGGUGUCGUCGGGCUGAAGAAGGUCGGCAUCGACGUGAUGUGGAACGAUAACAACGAGUACACUGUGCCCGACGACGAGUGGCAGUGCGCACUCGAGAAGACGGAUGUAGUCUCGAUUCCCGAGGGCCUCAGCCGCAAGGAUGUCGGCAUCUGGGGUCGCGCCAUCCACACCGAGCUCAUGGGGAAGGCGUCUCAUGAUGCCACCGUUGAGGGCAAGCCAGAAGAGCGACCAUUUGUGCUCACUCGUAGUGCGACGGCUGGAACCAUGAAGUACUGCGGUGCCUCAUGGAGCGGUGACAACGUGACCGCCUGGGAGUCCAUGAGAGGCGGCAACUCUUUGGCUCUCAACGCCAGCUUCUCCCUUCUCCACUGCUAUGGCCACGACAUCGGCGGCUUCGAAGGCCCCCAGCCGACCCCGGAGCACCUCGUCCGCUGGAUCCAGCUGGGCGUCCACUCCCCCCGCUUCGCCAUCAACUGCUUCAAGACCAGCGAGGCCGACAACCUCAUUGGCGGCGUCAUCGAGCCCUGGAUGUACCCCACCGCGACGCCCAUCAUCCGCGCCACCAUCAAGCGCCGCUACGAGCUCGUCCCCUACACCUACUCCCAGAACCUCCGCGCCCACCACACCGCCGUCCCGCCGCAGCGCUGGACAGGCUGGGGCUACGAGGCCGACCCAGAGGUGUGGACCAAAGCGAUCAAGGACGGCGACACGCAGUUCUGGUUCGGUGACGCGUUCAUCAUCGGCGGCGUGUACGAGCCUGGAGUUGAUACCGCGCGAGUCUACCUGCCGAAGAAGGGCGACGGCAGCGACUUUGGGUUCCUCAACACGAAUGCGCCGUACGAGCACUUUGAGGCGGGUAAGUGGCACACCGUGUUCUCGCCGUGGUAUAACUCCAUCCCCGUCAUCGCGCGGAUCGGGGCCGCUGUCCCCGUGGGCAAGCCGCUCGAUACGACUUCACGCAAGGAGGCGGACCCAGAGUUCCCGAACCAGGCCAAGGAUGACUGGCGCGGCGUGGAGAUCUUCCCCCCGCCUUCGCUGCGGGGAGCUGCUGCGCAGGGCUCUGAGACGGAGCUGGGUGGGGAGGAUGUGAAGGGUGUCGUCUUCGAGGAUAGCUGGUAUGAGGAUGAUGGUAUCAGUCGCGAGGUGCCUGCGGAGUUUACGUUCACCAUCCGGUACGAGAUCGUUGACGAGCGGAUCUCUGUCGAGGUCAAGGCUGUUGUCACGGAAGGCUCAAAGGAGAAAUGGAGUCCUCUGUGGCUCGAGAAGGGUGUUGAUGUGCUGUUGCCUGUGGGUGAGGAGCGAAUUGUUGUCGUGAACGGAGCGGAGGCUCAGGAGAAGUCUCUGGAUGCCAGGGGAAGGAGAGUGUGGAAUGUGCCUGUUACCUUGUAA